AUGUUUGGCUAUGUGCGAUGUUCAGCACGUAAUAGGUGCUGCUUCAUCUCACUAGCUGGCUUUCGCAAACGACCGUUUCAUGUUUUCUCAAUACUUAAACUAUCAUAUAAAAAAGGUGAGUUUGAAGAUGAAGAAACAGAAAGAGAAGAAAGUGGAAGGUUCAGCGCUGGUGGCGAAAAUGUGUUACCUGUAUCUGAUCAAUUACAUUCCCCUUUCAGCCUGAAUACUUGGACAGAAACUAAUGCAAACAAGAAUUCCGAGUUCGAUGAUAACACUCAUGAAGAGAAUGGUGAAAUCGUUCACAAUCCAUUAAGUGAAGGUGGAGAUAUUAAAACUCCAUUAGAUCCCUCACAAUUCUUUUCUCCUCUUAAGCAUGUCCGCUCCAUUACCGCUGCACGUUUUCUUUCCAAAAAUUACAAUUUACAAAAAACAGACGUCGCAACCUUUGUUUUCCAUCAGAAGAAUAUUUAUAAAGUUGAGGUCAAUGGUUUACUUCGUGCUGGAUCAUUUGUUGAAUACGCAGUGUCCGAUAUCCCUGGAUCGGAGGUUGAAUGCGGAAUAGUGCUUAAUAACCAGCAAAAUCGUCUAACUACUGCUCAGAUUUAUUACAUUCUUACGUCGGAUGGUAGAAUUGAUCGAAUAGUUUUACCACAGGUUAACUUCAUGCUACCUGAGUUCAUUUGCACGGAAAAGGUGAUACCAUUGACAGAUUCUGAGCUUGAAAAGUUUUCAUCUUCCCAAUCUAUCUUUUAUACCAAGGAUGUUUGCUCUCCGCCAGUAUUACUCUACUUUGCCAAAUUAGCAUACACGAUCAACACUUUAAUCGAGUUUCAGGAGAAAUUAAAGAGUGUGAUUUUUUCGAGGAAGUUGGAUGAAGCUGCAUUUAUCAAGUUUGGCCAGACGCAAAAACAGUGUUCUGUAUCUAUACAUAGAUUCGGUUCAUACCUGCUUAAAGAUGACACCUUGAAGUAUAUCAUUACGCCACACACUAAUGUGAUGGGGUUAUCAGCUCUAUUGUAUACUGUUCAUCGUAUGAUGUGUGAAGAUCCGGUGCAUUUUCGUGUUAAUUUGCAUAAUUCGGCCAUUGAAAAUGAUCUAAAAGCCUUCUUAAACCCGAUCGAACAGAUAGAUUCGCAUUAUUUUGUUAAUCCCAUAAACUUGGUACCAGUACUAAAUCAAAUAGAUCAAACAAGCGUGCAGGAACUUGAAAAGAAUUAUAAGCUGAUUCUUCAUAAGCGUCUAAAAUACCGAAUAUUUGUGCUGCUUGCAGAAGAUCUUCGUUUUUUCAACUUCAUUCGAUUCAUGAAAUAUACUAUUGAGUAUCCACACGAGAGAUUUUUACGCAAACUCGCUUUUUUAGAUGAUCAUGCAUCUGCUUCUGGUCCUGUCAGUAUCACACCAGCUCAGUUAUACCGACUUUUGAUUGAAUUUGGAAUUUACAAUCCAAAUACAAAUCCUGUUUUGUCAAGUGGUAUAUAUGGAGUACUCAAGCAGUCACUUGUCUCCAAUAUGAGAUGCUCAUCCUUAUCGCAACUAAUGCCAUAUGCCCAGGUUGAUCGCGUUGCGAUAUACGACAAGAGCAAAGAUAAAGAGUUAAAGAUCAAUGUUCCGUUGAGUGAUCAGGUCAAAGCUUCAGUUAGAGAGGUGGAAGGGAUGUUAAAGAGGGGAGAAUUAAAGCCAGAUAACGCUUCGUGUUCAAACUUCGUGACUAAUGUGGCCGGAAUAGAGUUUCCGACUGUAAUUUAUCGUAUUGACUGGAAUUUGGCGCUGGCCGUCAGAAAAAUUAGCAUGACUCAGUACAAAUUCAGUUUCUUCAUACCUGUACCGAGAAAUAAUGUUAAAUCAUGGAUGAUAAGCAAUCCAGUGAGUUUUCCAAGGCUCUCGGACGACGAAUUGCAAGGUGAUCUCAUUGGAUUAUACGAUCAGAUCCCAAAGGAUAAAAAAUACAGAAAUACGCUGCCGAAGCCGAUUCUCAGCUUCAAGAUCUCGUUCGUCUUUGAUUAUUUAAAGUCGGAGUCGUUGAUCGAUCCGGAAAUUGAGGUUUCUUUGGAUUCUUUUAGGCACACACAAAUGUUGGAGAGGAUAGACAUUUCGAAAGAGUCUGAUAAACGAAAAAUUAUGAGACUGGCAACUAGAGACAAGUUGGACAAUCUUCUCAAGCAGAAAGAACAUGCCAGACUUCAACAUGGAUUGCUGAGAUUGGAUCCGGAUAGCGAAAAUAAUGGAUUCUCGUCUCAAACAUCUUCACAAAGUGGACUUUCUUACCACAUGGCUUCCGAAGUUAGAUUUAUGCUAGAUGAAUUUCUCUCCCUUUACUGUGGGAAAAGAGGGAUUCCAGUUAUCUCAAGGUCGAUCGACGUGGAUUGCAUUGCGUCGGCCGAUUCCAGAAAAUCCAGGAAAUUCCGAAUCUUCAAGUGGUAUGCCAAUUCAUACGAUUCGUUUAGGCAGGGUGGAUCACUUGAUCUUAGCAGCUUUGUGAGUGGCUUGAGAUAUUUGAAACCGAUGAAAAUCAGCAUCUGUCCCAAUGGGGAGAUGGCUCCUUUGGGAUUAUCGCACUAUGCCAGUUUUACCGCCUCUGACUACUUGGAAAGCUACGUUAACAGGAUACAAGUCUUGAAAUACUUGACACACGACAAGAUGCUCGAUAUGAGGACUCUCCAGCCAAAAAUUCAGAGCAACUGUGAUGCAUUUCUCGAUUUGAAGCGCAGAUUAAGACGGUAUAUCACGCUUAGCGGACUAAAAAGGUCGAUCGAGACUCAGUUUGGACGAAUGAGACUCUUCCGCUGUGUAGUUGUUGAUCCACCUUAUACAACUCUUAUUUGUGGCAUUAGGAGGACGAUGAAUGCCAAGGCUUACUGCAUUGACCUGGAUUUAAUGGUUGAGAUUGAUCUUGCGGAAAAAAGCAUUUCACGCAACUUAAUGGUGGGAGACCGGUUGAUCUGCACAAGAAUUAUUGAGGUUGACUCUAUUGGAGGACAGCUGAAGUUAAGAUAG